CCGGGUACAGCAGUUAGCAAUUGGUUUUGUGAGUUGUGACAACAGUAAAGUCCACGCGUCAAAGCGGAUUGUCACUGUAACACCACUUGACCGUCGGUAACUGUUCUGCCGCCGGCGAAAGUGCACCACUUUCCGACGCAUAUUUACGACAGUGUCACUUUUCCAUCAUUUCACUUUCAUUCUCUUCCUCUCUCCUCUCACAAAUUCACCAAAACGCACCUUUGCGUAAUUGCAUGGAAUUCUCUCUUCCCCCCACCCCCACAGAAUCUCACUCUAGAGCAUCAAAGCUCCCAAUUACUUCUGCUGCAGGAACAGGGACUCAGAGAACAUCUUCUUGGACAACUACUAUUGGACACCAAGCAAUUUUUAAGGUGAUCUCUAGCCUGUUUUCAGAUUAAGAAAAGGAAUUCUAAGAUAUUAAGGCUCGCUCUCUAUCGCUUUGUGCCACUCUUCAUGGAGAUCAAAAUGAGUGGUAGGAGCAGGGAUAACUCAAACUCAAGAAGAAAUGCCCCAACAAAGCCAGAAGUUCCAAAAUCUUAUAAUAACAAAGAUGUUAUACCUGGGACAGAGCUUUGGGUCGACGGACUUAUCUGCGGUUUUGAGUAUGUACGAGGUCGCCGCAAAGAGCAGAAGCAGAAGACUUCAUCAAAAUUUCCAUACUCACGGAAGUUGGAAAGUGAGGAUUCACAUAAGAAAACAUAUGCAUAUGGAGAAGCUGAUGCCAGAGAUCAAAAUGGGAUCUAUAACCCAGAUUGUUCUUGCCACACUGAGUUGGGAUCUUAUCCCGUUUCUACUUUGGAUGGUAGCAUGGAUAACCAAGCUUACAAAGCAGAGCAGUACCAUGGAAGCUAUUGGGUGCCAAUUGGUUGGACUAGAUUAUUUGAAAUUGUUCAAGAUGUUCAAGUAGAUGUUGACUGGGAAUCUAAGCAAUUUGAGUUCAUGGAAACAGAGGAUGAUGUUACAGUGGCAGAAUUGGCAGCCCCAUAUUGGGAACGGCCUGUUGGUCCUGUGUGGUGGUGUCAUGUAGACGCAAGUCACCAGAAUAUCAUUUCAUGGCUUAGCAAUGGUCAGUGGUUGCACCCUGCUGUCAGUAUUGCUCUGAGAGAUGAAAGCCGCCUGAUAAGUGAGCGGAUGAAGCACCUUCUCUACGAGGUCCCAGUUAGAGUUGCUGGAGGGCUAUUGUUUGAGAUUCUGGGGCAGUCAGCUGGUGAUCCUCUGAAUGAGGAAGAUGAUAUUCCUGUUGUGCUACGAUCUUGGCAAGCACAAAAUUUUCUGGUCACAGCAAUGCAUGUUAAGGGAUCUACAUCAAACGUAAAUGUGUUGGGUGUGAUGGAAGUUCAGGAGCUUCUUAUUGCUGGUGGUUAUAAUGCACCUAAAACAGUACAUGAAGUCAUUGCACAUCUAGCCUGUCGUCUUGCCCGUUGGGAUGAUAGAUUUUUCAGGAAAUCCAUAUUUGGUGCUGCAGAUGAAGUUGAAUUGAAGUUUGUUAACAGGAGGAAUCACGAAGACAUGCAUCUUUUUGGCGCGAUUCUCAACCAAGAAGUUAGAAAACUGUCAAGACAGGUCAUUAGAGUAAAAUGGUCACUCCAUGCAAGGGAGGAGAUCACAUUUGAGCUUCUCCACCAGCUACGCGGGAAUGCAGCUAGAAGCUUACUGGAGAUGAUAAGAAAGAGUACAAGGGAAAUGCUUGACGAACAAGAGGCAGUUCGUGGUCGCUUAUUUACCAUUCAAGAUGUUAUGCAGAGUAAUAUCCGUGCAUGGCUGCAGGAUCGAAGCCUUCGAGUGACACACAAUCUAGGUGUGUUUGGUGGAUGUGGUCUUGUUUUAUCAAUCAUAACUGGGCUAUUUGGUAUCAAUGUUGAUGGCAUUCCCGGUGCUGAGAACACACCAUAUGCAUUUGGUCUAUUUACAGGAAUUCUACUGUUAAUAGGGGCUAUUCUAAUUGGGGUUGGCUUAAUAUAUCUCGGGCUAAAACAACCGGUCUCUGAAGAGCAGGUAGAGGUGAGGAAAAUGGAACUUCAGGAGUUGGUGAAGAUGUUCCAGCAUGAGGCAGAAACUCAUGCCCAAGUUCGCCAAGAAAAUCCACGACAGAGUUUGCCACCCACUGCCAGAGUUCAGUUCCCACUUGAUGCUGAUUACGUUAUCAUUCAAUAAGGACGUGAGUUUACAAUCCAGCUUGAAGAAGGAAGCUGGCAGUCAUUCUGCUUGCCUAUUGUUCUGAACUUCUGAAGAGCAAAGUGAGCCAAGGACGAAACUUCUCUUUUACAAUGCUGUGUUCAUAUAUCAUAUGAUCGCAGUGCGUUGGUAGGAAUUUUCAACACUGCACUUGGGCAAUAUAUGAGUUGAUACUAUGUUAGAGGCUGGAAAUCUGUAAACAAUUCCUUGUGCAUAUUUUCUUCAAAAUAAACUAGUGUUAAAGCCAUUAUAUACCAAGAAUUGUGGUAUAAAUGUAAAUGCAAUUUUAUAAAGGUUUUUCUUCCCUUGGCCCUCAAUGGGUUUUCA